AUGGAAGAAGCACCCGAUGGCCGGCGAGAGCGGACCGGCAGGAUUCAAGCAUGCGACAACUGCAAGGAUCGCAAGACGAGGUGUGAUCGGGCAACACCAUGCUCCAGCUGCGUUACGGCGAACCUCACCUGCCGCAUGACCCGGACGAGGCCGGAGAAGCGCCAGCGCAUCGUCAUCUCGGCUAAGUACGACGAAGCUCUCGAGAGCGUCGACCACCGGCUCCAAGAGGUCCUAGAGACUGUCACCGCUCUCCAGCGCGAUGUCAGCCGUAGCCCGGCAGCCGCUCAGCAGAGCCUCCAGCGAGCUUCUGAUUUUCCGGCCGGCUCUGCCGUCGCUCUCCUCUCUGGGAGCUCUAACACCUCCGGCGGGUACAGGGCCUACCCAUCCUUCGACGCCCAGGUUCGGCGGAUGGCGGCCGCCCAUCUACCGCAGCGGCCGUCCGAGAACGGCACGGCGAGCUCGAACAUAAUCCAGGAGAUCCUCGAAUGGACGGCAAAUUCCGGCACGAUCGCGCCGCAGAGCAGGAUACCCUCUGCGCUGCCCUUUCUCGAGCAGCAUCCGGAACUGGCAAGCUAUACCAUGCCGCCGAGCGACGUCGUGCUAAGACUGCUGCGACUCGCUCGGGUCGAGAAGCAGCGGUUCUUUGCUGAUGUCGGCUUCUUGGACGAGCAGCAGUUCACCGAGCUCUGUCGCGAGAUCUUCUUCGCCGUCCACCCCUACUCGUUGUGCACCUGGAGCCUUGUCAAUACAGGGCUUCUCCACCUAUUCCUGGAUCUCGACCCUGAUCGUUACGCCGACGUCGGCCUGGAGGCGCACGAAGUCGAGAAUAUCGCAGAGCUGCUCGCCAAGAACUCUCAGGCCUCUGCUGAGAGCUUCCGGAUGUCCUUCGAGCCCUCUAUAGAAGCAUGCCAAGCCAUGGCGUUGGCGGGAACAUCCUGCGCCAAACUCGGACACCUCACAAAAGCCUGGAAUUUGAUCUCGGCCGCUUCUCGGAUGUGUACCGACCUCGGCCUCCAUCGAUUGCCUACAGUGCCUUUCGACGAAGACGAGAUGAAGAAGCGGGUCACCUUUUGGUACCUGUACAUCUGGGACAAGGGCCUGGCGCUCACGUUGGGGAGAACCCAGUCAAUCCACCAGUACGAUGUGUCUACUGAGCGCAUGGUGCAUCCCUUCGACAUACGCGGUAUCGCCGGCAAAACGGCUGCUGCCUUCCAAGAGCUGGCGGUGCUAGAAGGCGAGAUACAACCCCUUCUUUUCUCAGUUUCUUCUCAGCAGAUCAACCUGCACGUGCGUGCUCAGAGAUCGCGGGAAAUCCGCGCGAGACUGAAACAGAUUCGGGCGGAGUUGAGCAAGGUAAAUGACGAGCGGACUUCGAUCGUAACAUUCAGCGAAGCUACAGUACUAGUAGAAUACCUCCUCAGCGCGUUGGUGACGGUAGUGUGCAGCACAGUUGCGUUGGAAUUGCCGGAUCACAACUCGAACCAGCCAGGUCAUGCCUGUGCUGAGUGCGUUGAUGCCGCUCGGCACGCGCUGGAAAUCAUAGUGAAGUCGGGGAAUGCGAUCAAGGAGAUGAACCCGAGCGGUUGGAUAAAAGGCUGGACAUUUUUUAUGAACACGUUCCUGUCGCUAAUGCCCUUCACGCCGUAUAUCGUUCUAGUAGUCCACGCCGUAUCUGAAUUCGCCGUCGCGGACCUAGAUCUCCUCGCGUCCGUAGUUUCGCUUAUGGAGCCCAUAGCAGAACGUUCCUCGACAAUCCGCCCUGUUUACGAGAUCUGCGCAAAACUAUACCAGUUUGCCGAAUCCACGAUUCGCCCGCGCAUGGAGGAUAGUUCUGUACAAACGACAGCGUCCACCGAAGCUGCCUUCGCGGGCUAUUUCGAGCCGGGCCUGAUGUCUUUGCACGGGUCGGUUAGCCCAACAGACAGCAAUCCCGCUCCGCUCAUGUCGUUGGGAGACUUUCAGAUGAUGCUUGGUGGAUUGGACAUGGACGGGAGACAGUCGUAA